AUGGGAGCGUAUCUUCCUCUUACCAAAAUACCCAUCGGUGUAAUGCGUCUCCCAGGAGACCCUCACAAGGUAACUAUGCAAUCCCGCCUCCUGAUGUCGGCUUUACAUGACCUCUCAACCUGUAUCCGCGAAUUUGGGUAUGCGUGUUACCUCAAUGGCCAUGGAGUCGUUCCCUGGUACGUAUUUGGUUCUCCCCAAGUUCCUCUGGUACAUUGCUGUAUCCGUUAUACAGUCAUCCCCGUACAUGUUGGUUUGAAAGUGGACGACCUUGGGGAGCAGCCUUGUAAAGAUGGACUGUUGAAGAAGCAACCUAGCGGCGGUUACGUCUUCUCCAAAUGUGUUGCAGAUGUUCGUCCUUGCAAAGUCGUCAUUGAGGAGCCCCAGUCUGGCUUUCACCCAGAAGCUGAGAUAGGCAAUGAGCAAUGGACGUUUGGCCAGCGCGCUUCUUUCUGA